AUUUUUUGUGCGAUUAAAAGUCUAUGCAUUCAAAUGAUUUAAUGCAUACAAAGAUCAUUAGAAGCGCUACUAAAGUAUUACGUGUGGAGAGUCUGAAAAAUCGCAAAAAAAACGGUCGCUAAAAACCGACUCACAAACCAAAGUCUCCGAGAAUGCAGAUUAUAAUGGCUUAUAAUUUUGCUCUUCACAUAUCGUUGGCCUCCAUUGCCAUUGACUUUGUGCUGGCGGUGGCCUCACUGCUGACGGGCACCUCUUCCUCCAACUGUGCCUUCGCUGUCGACUGCGCUCUCGACGUGUUCUCGUCGGCGAUACUGGUCUGGCGUUUCUACGGCGAGACCGGAGCCAAGGGUUACGGCGACCCUAACUAUGACAUCGACAGCUAUAAUAACCAGAGGUUCGGUUUGAGUGGCAAUCAAUCGCCGGCCACUCAACGCAAGGAACUGCUCGCCUGUUGUGGUCUCGGCGUUAUGUUCAUACUCUCCGGUCUCAUAGUUGUCGGCAAAUCCGGUUGGGAUCUCGUCUCAGCCGAUCAGGUCAUCGAUUUGGAGCCCGAUAUGAAUGGUCUGCCGGGUAUACUCCACGUGACAUCAGUGGCGUUUGUGAUCUGUGGUCUAUUGGCCCUGGGCAAAUAUAUUCUAUACAGGCACAUGAACUCCAAGUCCAUGUAUUUAGAAUCUAUAAAUUCGUGGAUAUCGGCGGUGUUUGCUCUGCUAAUAGUGAUCACAACAAUGAUCAUUGAAUACGAUAACAAUCUGUGGAUUUUGGACCCAAUCGUGUCGAUUGUGUUCUCACUAUUUAUGAUAAUUUAUGGCAUUUAUAACAUACGAAAGUCAAUGAAAGCCCUCAGAGAUAAUGAUAACUGCGGUUUCGAGAAGCAAAAAAUUGAAUACAUUCUCAUCCCAUAAAAAAUACAUCACAUUAUUAGUAAAAACAUAAUUAGAUUUAAUAGUAAUUAUUAGUAGAUUUAGUAACCAUUUCUCUGUCAUCACAACUUAUAUCACAUUUAAUAUUAUUUCACUUUCUCUCUCAAAACCCACCGAUAAUCUGAUUUUAUAAAUUAUUUUUAUGUAUUACUGUUUUAAUUGCCUUUCAAUCUAUUGUUGAUUAGAGUUUCAUUACUAUCUUUAUAUAUAUAUAC